ACAAGAGAAGUCGGGAGGGCCUGCGGCCAAUAAGCGGUGGCUGCCUGGUGCAGGGGGCGGGCUCCGGGGCCGAGGGUAGCUUGAGCGCGGCGGCGGCGUUGUUCAGUCAGAGCGAGAACAUUCCAGAGGUCGCCAGGCUCGGCGCUGCUGGUGUGGACGCGGACGUCGCUGGGACAGUCCCUCCCGCUGCUCGGCGGCGGCACCUGCCCAGCCGCCCCUCCGCUCGCCGCCGGCCCCGCCGCUCCGGACCCGGUUUCCAGCGCCUCUUCCUCCCAGUCCCGGGCGAGCCGCGUUGGGUUUAUGUCUUUAUUUGACGAAAACGAGCUGUUGCGCAGCCAUUGGUACCUGUAUUGGGGAAACAUAGCAUACAAGCAAGAAGCUUACAGCCUCAGUGGCGAAAAUUUUUUCAUGUCAGAGACCGAGAACUCUUGCAGUCGUUUAUGUCAUCCCUUCUUCUCCAGACAGAAGAUACCAAAAAGUUGCAAUCAAAGAUCUCUUCAUCUUAUUGAUAAAGUCACUAAUAAGCCAAAAUGUCUGUCAACGUCAACCGCAGCGUGUCAGACCAGUUCUAUCGCUACAAGAUGCCCCGUUUGAUUGCUAAGGUUGAGGGCAAAGGAAAUGGAAUCAAGACAGUUAUAGUCAACAUGGUUGACGUUGCAAAGGCGCUUAAUCGGCCUCCAACGUAUCCCACCAAAUAUUUUGGUUGUGAGCUGGGAGCACAGACCCAGUUUGAUGUUAAGAAUGACCGUUACAUUGUCAAUGGAUCUCAUGAGGCGAAUAAGCUGCAAGACAUGUUGGAUGGAUUCAUUAAAAAAUUUGUUCUCUGUCCUGAGUGUGAGAAUCCUGAAACAGAUCUGCAUGUCAAUCCAAAGAAGCAAACAAUAGGUAAUUCUUGUAAAGCCUGUGGGUACCGAGGCAUGCUUGACACACAUCAUAAACUCUGUACAUUCAUUCUCAAAAACCCACCUGAGAACAGUGACAUUGGUACAGGAAAGAAAGAAAAGGAAAAGAAAAAUAGAAAGGGCAAGGACAAGGAAAAUGGCUCUGUAUCUACCAGUGAGACACCACCACCUCCACCACCAAAUGAAAUUAGUCCUCCACAUGCUGUGGAAGAAGAGGAAGAUGAUGAUUGGGGGGAGGAUACAACUGAGGAAGCUCAAAGGCGCAGNAUGGAUGAAAUCAGUGACCAUGCAAAAGGUCUGACACUUAGUGAUGAUUUGGAAAGAACUGUAGAAGAACGUGUUAACAUCCUGUUUGAUUUUGUUAAGAAAAAGAAAGAAGAGGGCAUUAUUGAUUCAUCUGAUAAAGAAAUUGUGGCUGAGGCAGAAAGGCUGGAUGUAAAAGCCAUGGGUCCUCUUGUUUUGACAGAAGUUCUCUUUGAUGAGAAGAUAAGAGAGCAAAUCAAGAAAUACAGGCGCCAUUUUCGUGUCAAAGCAGAGCCAUUUAUUAAAUGGUUGAAGGAAGCAGAGGAAGAAUCUUCUGGUGGAGAGGAAGAAGACGAAGACGAAAAUAUUGAGGUGGUAUAUUCGAAAACUGCCAGUGUACCAAAAGUUGAAACUGUGAAGUCUGACAACAAGGAUGAUGACAUUGAUAUUGACGCCAUUUAAAAGGAUGGAUG